AUGGCCAAGAGGAGGAAAUCGGGCGAAUCUCACGAUCCCCCCAGCGGUUUCUUCGCCCGGCUCAGGGGAAGGACUGUUGAUCCCCGGCAAAGACCGGAUCCAUCCACGCUUGUAGGAAACGACAGGCUAACAGGAAGCUUCCUGUCUGAACAAACUACCGGUGUUACGACCGCGCCUUCAAAUUCAAAUGUCACAUCGAUAGCCGCAAGAGAGGACCAAGGCUGGCAGCUAGCUCAUGUGCGACACCGAAGCGAUAGCGGUCUUGGUCUGGGUGAUUUCCUGCAUCACACGGCGUAUGGAGGUGGUAGUGCUGGUGCCCAGGCUGGUAGCACAUCGGUCAAUACAGCGGCCCCAACCAGUGUUCCGGGCUCAACUGGGGUUAGAAAUCCUGUAAUAGUCGAGUCGCCGCCGAGUAAUGCGGAUAGUGGAGAUAGCACGCAGUCAGCGCAAACUGGACAAGCUGAAUCCGGUGAAGGCUCGACCGCUCAGGGCCGUAUUCUUUCAGGCGGAAGAACCGUUCGUUUCUCGACGACCAAUGCCGUUAUUACGUCGGACACCAUUGAUGCUCGCAUUGAGGCCUCGCAGGGCGUGAGCGAGACUAUGCGAGAGAGUUCGGGCCCUACUUCUGAGCCGUCGGAUGAACUACCUCUGGGCGGGCAGGAUCCUGGGAAUACGGGAAUAGGCCAGUCAGAAGUACCUCCAGAGCAACCUGGUGAUCAUGACGCGAGGGAAAUGCCAUCUGGGACCGGAGCUCACCAGCAAGGUCAAGAACACUCGCAAGAAGGGGGGCAAUCGGGACAAUCUAGCGCUUCUCAACAGCAGGGGGAGGGAGGACCAGGUGGCGAGGGAGGCCAGGAUGGAGAAAGACAACGAGACGAUGACCCGCGGCAGCUGCGUCAAGAAGGAAGCUCACAACAACCCCCUCCCAGGAGAUACCCCUUUUAUCAUACUCAGGUGAUAUCCAACCAAGCACAUCCAUCGCCAUUACUCAAAGGAACACGCAGAGCUCAUACAACUCUUGCUUACACGACUGCCGGUGUAACGGCACGAAUUUGGAUAUCUAAGGACGACGUUCCUUUUGUUUUCCCUGACGAGACACUGUCGCGUUUCAAAGAUUUACGACAUCCGGAAGACCUGGAUUGGCCAGAGUUGUCGGUGAUCCAUCUGAAGUCAGGGGAUAAUGGAGGUGUGGGUAUUAUGAGUCUAGACGGCCUGUUGGAGUCGUUAUGCUUUGAGGAAUGCCGCCAUAGAAAGGCCUAUGUGGAAAUUAAGUCGAGGCGUCCCCCAGACAAAGUUGCCGAAUUUAUCUCGCAGGCGCUGAGCACAAUUUCGCGGCCUGAAGGCUGGAUGGCCCGUAUAGUCAUUUGUCUAUCGGACGUGGACCAAGCCAAUGCUUUCGGGAUUCCGUUUGCCGGUUACAGGAUGGUGCUAAACUGCCACAGGAAUUUAAAGAUGGCAAAGAGGGUUUAUGACCUUCACAAUCUCCUACAGUUCAGAUUCAACGCCAAGGUGCUCGCUGCCAAAGACUGGUCGGAGUUCUUGGAUAGGGCGAAAAGGGAAGGCAGAGACGUGUACAUCGAGACCGACAACACGGACCAUAUGAAAUCGUGCAUCCGAACUGGAGUUACAGGGAUAGUGACUGACCACACUCGAGUGCUUGACGGGCUAUGCUGGGAAUCUAUAAACUCCAGCCCAGGCUGGAUGAACCCGCAGCGAAGUCGAAGGCUUUUGGCAAACUUGAAAUUGGACUGGUUAGGUAACAGAUGGGGCAGUCGGCCUUUGUGGUAA